AUGAGCACCCGACGCGAGCAACCGCCGUGGACGCUCCCGCCCGCGCACGACGGCGUGCCGCUGCCCCCGCUCCGCAUCUUCAACUCGCUCACGCGCAAGAAGGAGCCGUUCGUGCCCCUCGACCCGGCGGGCAAGACGGUCACGUGGUACUGCUGCGGCCCCACCGUCUACGAUGCGGGCCAUCUGGGCCAUGCGCGCAACUAUGUCACGACCGAUGUGCUGCGGAGGAUCAUGAGGGACUACUUUGGCUUUGAGGUGCGCUUUGUGCAGAAUGUCACGGAUGUGGACGAUAAGAUCAUCCUGCGCGCGCGCCAAAACCACCUCCUCGAAGAAUUCACCUCCUCAAACCCCACCCUCACCCCAGACGUGCUCAAGACCGUCACCUCCGCCUGGAGCUCCUACCUCAGCAAGAUCACCACCGACACCCCCACGCCCACCGACUUCCCCGCCUGGGCCGCCACAAACCACCCAGCCCUCACCGCCCUCAUCGCCUCUCCCGCCAAAGACACCGUCCUCGACGAGGCAACAACAAAGCUCAAAAUGCACCUCACAACCCUCCUCACCGCCGCCACCGCCCUCACCACCCCCCCAUCUGAAACAGCAGCCUUCUACACCUCCUGCACGCCCGUGCUCCUCCCAUACCUCGACAAGCUCCACGCCGACCGCGAGUACGAGACAGACGUCUUCACGAAGCUGUCAACAUACUGGGAGCGCCACUUUGAAACUGACAUGCGCACGCUCAACGUCCUCCCGCCAACAACCGUCACCCGCGUCAGCGAGUUCAUACCCGAGAACGUGGCCUUCGUGGAGAAGCUUGUCGACCGCGGCUUCGCGUACCCCACGGCCGACGGGAGCGUAUACUUCGACAUCGCGGCGUACGAGGCUGCGGGCCACCACUAUGCGAAGCUGCAGCCGUGGAAUAGGGGCGAUGAGGCGUUGAUUGCGGAUGGGGAGGGCGCGCUGACGAGUGCCAAGGCGGGGACCGAUACGCUGGCGCAGGUGGGCGGCGGCGUGCAGGCGGCGAAGAAGAGUGCGCAGGAUUUUGCCCUGUGGAAGGCGAGUAAGAAGGGGGAGCCCAGCUGGGAGAGCCCGUGGGGGAGGGGAAGGCCGGGGUGGCAUAUUGAGUGCUCGGUUAUGUGUAGUGAGGUGUUGGGGCAGCAGGUGGAUAUUCAUUCGGGGGGGGUGGAUUUGGCGUUUCCGCAUCAUGAUAAUGAGAUUGCGCAGAGUGAGGCGUAUUGGGAUGGCUGCGAAGGGGGCCACAAAACACUCGACGGCCGCCACCAGUGGAUCAACUACUUCCUGCACAUGGGCCACCUCAACAUCCACGGCAGCAAGAUGUCAAAGUCGCUCAAGAACUUUGUGUCGAUCCGCGACGCGCUCGGGCGCGGCGGAUGGACCGCGCGCGGCCUGCGCGUCGUCUUCCUCAUGGGCGGCUGGAAGGAGGGUAUCGAGGUGCGCGAGGGCGUGCUCGCGGAGGCGAAGAACUGGGAGGCAUCCGUCACAAAGUUCUUUGUGAAUGUCAAGGCGCUCGUGGCGGAGGAGGAGGCGCGCGAGAGUGCUGGAGAGAAGAUUCCGCAGUUGUUUGGCGGGAGGGAACAUGCGAUCUUUAAGGAGCUUGACAAGACCCGCGCGGCAGUCCACGCAGCGCUCUGUGACAACUUCAACACCGCGGACGCAAUGAAGGCGCUCACAGACCUCAUCACAGAAACAAACAAAUACAUGUCCGCCACCCCCGCCCUCGCCGCACCAAAGGAGGUCGCCCGCUACAUCACCCGCAUCGUCACCGUCUUCGGCCUCGACCCGCUCUCCACCCCCUCCGGCGAGGACCGCAUCGGCUGGUCCGACCCCACCUCCACCACCUCCACCACCUCCUCCGCAGAAACACCAGAAGAGGCCCUCCUCCCAUACCUCCGCGCGCUGUCCACCUUCCGCGACGCAGUCCGCAAGCUCGCCAUCGCAAACCCGGACGCGCCCACGUCGGCGCCGCUGCUGACGCUGUCGGACAACCUGCGCGACUACGACCUCGCGGCGCUCGGCGUGUCGCUGGACGACCGCGAGUUUGCGAAUGGCAAGCCGGCGCUGAUCAAGUUUGCGCCGGCGGCGGAGCUGGUGGCGGCGCGCGAGGAGAAGGUGAGGCGCGCGGAGGAGAAGGAGCGGAGGAAGGAGGAGGCGCGGGUGAAGCGGGAGGAGGAGGAGAGGAGGAGGAGUGAGGCGGCGAGUGUCAGCCAUUUGGUGAUGUAUCGGACGGAGGAGUGGGGCGAGUGGGAUGAGGAGGGGAUGCCGGUGAGGGAUAGGGAGGGGGUGGAGGUGACGAAGAGUCGCGGGAAGGUGCUGAGGAAGGGGUGGGAGAGGCAGAAGAAGGCGCAUGAGGCGUGGUUGAAGACGAAGGGGGCGUAG